AUGGUUCCGGGGAAUUUUGAUGACAAGCUUGCUGGCAUGAGCAAAUCCGAAUUAGAUGAUCUGUUUAAUAAUGACAACAAAAUCCGUAAAAUGGUACUGGAUACACCAACCGUAAAAAAGCUCGAAGCUGAUAAGAGUCGCCUCUGGAAAAGCAACCAACAAAAGGCCAUUGAAAACCUUGGUCAUGAACCCGCAAUGCAAAAGACAAAAGCUGAUUUGGUUUCUGCUCACCACAAAUUUAACGAGGCCCUCAAGGAGUACAAUGAAAUUCGUGGCUCCUUCUCGAUCCAAACAAUGCUAGCCUUGAUGAAGGUGGCCAACUCUGAGGAGGACGAAAUGUCUGAACAGUUACAGAAGAGUUUUCUCAAGAAACAGAUCGGUUUAGAAGAGUUUCUCACCAAAAUGCUCGACCUUCGGAAAUCCUUUAACCUUCGGCGUAUCAAGAUUGAAAAGCUAAAUGAAAUGGAGAACUCGGCAGGGGGACAACAUUCACACUCUCAACAACAACCCUGUGCACCCUCCUCCUCCUUGCCCUACCCCUCAGUUGGCCGAAGCCACGGCCUCUAUCCCGGCCUGUAA